CGUAACCCUUCUGUUUUCUCGUGGAGAAGUGAACUCCCAUAGCCACAAGUGAGCACCGUAGCCCGGCGAAAAGCUGUAAGCAGGUAGGUAGGUUUGCGAUCUGAGGCAAAGGGCAGAAACUGGAAGAGUGAGGAUUGAGCUCAGCCGGGGGAGCAAAAAGAGCUGGAGAGAGAAUAAUUGAACAUUAUCAAUAUUAUCAGGACAAGAUGGAAGUGAUUUCCUAUAAUGGCCACUCAAGUUUGCAAAGGAUAAACAAACAAGCGACGGUGAUGGGAAGUUGGGAGCAAGGGAAGGAGGUGCAAGGCGAGAACGCAGCAGGGAAGGAAAACUUGAGAAAGCGUAUCUUCGACCGUAGCACGAGGCGUGGAAGAGUUCACGCCGAAGGGCCUAACGUCAUCUCUUAUGUCGCAAGGUCAAGGGAAGUCGCCCAGUGGAUGGUGGCUAAAGCGGAGGAUACUAUCGUAAUUCGAGGAGUGGAAUACUCCAUGCAAUUUAAGCUGUGGAUGACAAAGUCUGAAUUGGACGAGCGAAGGCGAAUGGAGGACGAGUCCAAGUUCUGGGUGAUGGCGAUAAGGGUGCCCCUCCGGGUAAUGUUUCAUGUUGAGAAUAUGGUGGAGACGUCUAUGGGCAGAGUGGUAAAGAGCCUUCCCCCGGAACAAGACAAGACACGACCUAAACUUAUGAAUCUCAAGUUUGAUCUUGUAAAGGAGGCAGAAGACAGCUUCGAACCGGAGCUUUCGAUUCGGCUGGGCAGGGAGGUAUUCAAAAUCCAGUUUGUGUGUAAACACACACCAUGGUGUGAGAGAUGCAGAUGGUGGUUCCACACCUCGACUGAUGGUUGUCCUCGCACAGGCGAAAGUGACGAUGAAGAUCAGGAGGGCCAAAGACAAGGCAGCAAUAGGCAAAGACAACAGACUGGAGAUCGCCACAUACGAGAAGCGGCCAGGGAUGAGUCAACUCAAGCUCCUAGGCAGGGAGGCAGAGCUCAGGGUCUGGAGCAAACCGCCGCCAGGAGAGUCUUCCAACAUCAGACUACAGGGAGAAGUAGUGAGGCGGGCCGUCAGGCAUCCGGUGGAGGAAGAGAGCCUAGUCGCCCAGGAUCUCAAAAUCCAAGGGGCGUCGCUGACUGCGGUGCACGAUACCUUUCGGGAGGCGGGCCUUCAUACACUCCUCUUCCUCGUGAGAGGGAUGCAGGGUUCCGUCCGUAUGUCCCGUUGAGACCCCCACCAUGGUAUGAACAACAACAAAGGUCUCUCGGUCCAUUGGCCAACAUGUAUCACAACUGGUUUCAAAACGACUACGGUAUGGGUUCGGGACUGAACUACAGAGUGUACGGUAGAGGAGCUCUUGUGCCUUCAGGUACAUCGACACCAAGGGAGCAGCAGGACAGGGGACUGUUUCAAGAAAGAAGCGUUGUGAGGGAUGUAGCCCGAGGCCAUGAGCUAUCUCACAGACCGGAGGAGGAACUACAUGAAGAAGGAGAAGCGGAUUCUCAAGACACGCCAGCACCCUCCCCAUUAAGGGAUGAGGGGAUGGACGAGUCGCCAAGGGAUAUCCCCAUCGGGGAUUCGACUGCGGGCUGUGACGAACCUCCGUUUGAGGAACAAAUGGCGAGGAAGCAUUUGUAAUUGGCCUGCUAGAUAGAGAGGGUAACACAGUGCUGCCUGCUACGGGGUUGAAUGAGAUUCCAAUGCCCUCUCAUUCAGGAGCAAGUGCGCUAUUUGUACGCCAAUAG